CAACAUAAUCGGCGUAAUGAAUACAGCCCUGAGCUCUGCGUGUAUCUAAAUCCUUCGCUCUGCAACUCCGCGUUCUCUGAACAGCGUGAGAAAUUGUCCCAAUUACUGUAAUGUAAAACAAUGAUAACAGUGUCAAUUGUGUUUGACCUAUAAUACUGAAUAUUUCUCAUGAAAUGUGUUACCAGCUGGUCCAUUGCCAAAUUCGAGCUUGACGUUCCCAUAUCGAAUCCGAGGACAACAGAAGUAACGUCCAACGAUGGCUGACAAAGUGAAGGUAUUCUGUAUCAUGUUCAACAAUGAAGACAAGCGUGAAUACAGUGCUGGUGAAGUUCUAUCUGGACACGUUGUGGUCGAGGUGUCUACAGGUGUGUCAGCACAAAUCAAAGCUGUCAAAAUAUCGACCAGAGGAUGUGCCCAGGUCUACUGGGGUAAAGGGCCUCGACAAGCACCAUCACCGAGCAGUGCUGCUAUAGCAAACACAUCAUCUCAGUGUGUGCAGGAGCAGGUGGAAUACUUAUGCAUAUCUCAAACUCUCAAAGAAACACCAGAUGGUGAGGAAUUCAUCAGUCUUGAUGAAGGGCGUUAUGAGUUCCCCUUUCAUGUGGAGCUCACUCAAACGCCCCUUGUUACCUCUUUCAAGGGGAAGUAUGGGAGUGUUUGCUAUGAGGUGACAGCUGUAUUACAGAGGCCCUUGAAUCAAGAUCAAACUGUCAACAGAGAAUUCUCUGUUAUCAGCCAUGUUGAUGUCAAUUCCCCAUGGUUACUGUCCUCUGUGUCUACAAACAACGAGAAGAUGAUUGGCUGUUGGAUUUUUACCUCCGGCCCCAUCUCUCUGAAUGUCAAUAUCAACAGAAUGGGCUACUGUAAUGGAGAGUCAAUCCCCAUCAAUGCUGUGAUUGAGAACUGUUCUUCUCGACUCAUCGUGCCUAAAGCAGCUAUCUACCAAAUACAGACCUUCAUGGCAAAUGGCAAAACAAAAAGUUAUACAAAGUUGGUUGCCAGCGUGAGGGGUAACCACAUUCCAUCAGGCUGCACAGACACCUGGAAUGGAAAAAUACUGAAGAUCCCACCUGUCUCUGCCUCAAUUCUCAACUCCUCAGUCAUCAGAGUGGAAUACUCCCUGGCAGUCAUGGCACAGAUACCAGGUGCUAAGAAACUCAAGGUGGAGCUUCCCAUUGUGAUUGGCAGUAUACCAUACAACGGCCUUGACGGCAGAAGCUCCAGCUUGAGCAGACACUUCAGCAUGGACAUGAGCUGGCUCGCACUGGCACUUCCUGAAGUGCCUGAAGCCCCUCCUAACUAUGCGGAUGUGGUGUCUGAGGAAGAGUUUGAACUGCACAGCCCCUCUUACUCUCAGUCCGAGGAGUUGGAGAGACAGCUUGGUGGACAAGCCCUUUCUUACAUCCAGGAGUUCAGGUUCCAGCCUCCACCACUGUACUCUGAGGUUGAUUCCCACCCAGUCCAUAGCUAGGCUAAAUGUUGAGCCUCUACAUCAUCUGUUAAAGAACCAAAGUGAUGCCUUCAAAUUGCAAUGUUGCACAAUAUUUAUAUUGUGGUGUAAAGAGUGUAAUAUAAUGUGAUCAAGUCUUGAACCAAUUAAACUUUGGAUUUCAUAGCAGAUUAACCAUAUUUUUUGAAUGAUUAUGCACUAGGCUGUGUUGAGAAAUGUAGGCUACUCUUUACAUGACUGUUAUUAGAAAGGGAAUUACUGCACAGCACAUUGUUGUAGCAGGUGGGUGCAACAUAAUGCAAGAUAAGGUGUGUUAUCUACUGUAUAUAAUGUAAAGCACUUUGAGAGCUACUGAAACAGGUUGUGUUGUUGAAGUCUACAAUAGCUUUAUUUCUGUAUGUCAUGAAUCCUUUCCUGAUGCAAUGGGCCACAUGUUCAGGGUGUAUAAUAUAAUAUGGGCAUUCUUUUUGAAAUCUGAUACAUUGUAACUAAAAAGUUGAACAUGUCUGAGCAGAAA